AUGAGCCCAAGCAAACGUGUUGGUGGUGCAGCUGAAUCAGCUGCACAUACCGUGGUGGUCGACGACCAUCACCUGGAAGAAAAGUCGGCAGCGCUCUCGGAGGCGAUCGAGAAGAUGCUAGCCAUUCUAGGAGACGUUUCCGAAAGGAUGAACCGGAUGGAGGUCUCCCAGAGAGAGCAAGGCGGCAAGAACUGGCAGGGAUCACCCGAGUCGAGCAUGGCCAGUCGGCAACAGGAGGUCGGGGCAGGGAUUAAUCUCCAGACUUUGGACCGUACCCCUCCUAAGGAAUCCCCAAACGUGUCACCAGCAACCUAUUUCGGCAUUCGGCGACAACAACAGGCAGGUAUUGAAGGUCCUCACGCGAGAAAAGCAGAGGAAGGAGUCAACAUAGUCGGUAUGCCGGACGCGCAACAGCGGAAGCUUGCGUUGCAACCUUUCGACGGAAAGGAGCUCUACCACGGCCUUGGCUGUGGAUUCAUGGAGUUGGGCAAGGAAUUUGUCCGCCAAGUCAGGUUCGCAGAGCGUGCAUGUGGUUUCGUGUGGCUGGAAAAUAUCAAGGUUGAUGUUCUAGGUCAGCACCUAACCGGUAAGGCAUAG